AUGUCUGACGCAUCGAUCGGAUGCUAUUUAGUGAGGUUCUAUUGUCAUUCGUUGAGAUUAAGGUUCUUAUUGACUGCAGCUUACAGUGGUAGUGCAAAUAAUGUACCGUUACGUAAUGCCCGUUGUACACCCGAUAAUUGGUGUGUUGCUAAAUGUUGCUUAUCGAAUUAUAUAUUUUUCCCUCGACGAAAUUAUACCUUUCAAAUGUCACUUUUCAAAACAGACGCAGUCGGAAAAAUUACACCGCUUUCGGAACAUGUGACAGCUCUGUCAUGGGACGGAGUCUCACAGAAGGCUUUGGAACUUACCUUAAGUAGAUCAAGUGAAGAUACAUUGGAAAUUUCGUGGGAGCAUCCAUCAAUUGAUAUAACAAACGGUUUCUUACAAAAGUAUGUCAUCGAAUACUACAAGGAUUCUGAAUCCUUACGUGAAGUGAAAAGGAAAGAUAUUUUGCCGAACUCAACGAUUUGCCUUUUAAAUGGUAUCAAGUCAGAAGUGGUAUAUCGUUUCCGGGUUAUUCCGGUAACGCGUCACGGUCUUCCAUCUGAUGUGUAUUUGAAAUCAAAUCCAAACUUCACUUCCAUUGGUCAUAUGGUCGAGUCUACGAAUAAAAAUUUCCGUUCCGUUAUUGGGUCGUUACCAAUUGAUAUCGAACAGAUGGGCACAUCAAUCAUUAUUCACUGGGAAGUGCGGGAAACUUCAAAUUUUACUUCACAAGAUCCAAAAAACCAAGCAGUUCUUAUCCGUUAUGCUCCUUCUGAUCUAUCACCACUGCGAGAAAAAGCAGAGGAAGGAUUAUUCAUUAAUGGGGCUAUGAAUUUGACUGAAAAAUUUGACGCGUCGCGAACGUAUCAGUUUUGUAGUCGCCUUUAUGAUGGUCUUUUUUAUGGUCCUGACUUUUGCCGCACAUAUCGUUUACCACCAGCAACCUUCGCUGAUAUAUUUAGUAGUUUUUCGAGCGGUAAUGGUCUACCGAGGGCGGUAUUGUGUCAUCAUCGAAAAGAAUGCCGUUGUGAACCAUCCUACGAAUUCGGUGAUGCAAUGCGUGUAACAUGGGAUUGGCCGAUAGACGAUCAUAGUGCUGAUGAAUUCGUUGUACAUUAUACUUUGAGUGAUAGUUUUUUUCCCGAAGAUGACAGACUAGUUAUUACGGAUGAAGCAUUCGCAGAUUUGCCAAGUCUUCGAUCAAAUACAACAUAUCGUAUAAUGAUAGAACCCAGGAAUAAAAUGGGUGGUGUUGAAGGUUCUUGGUUCAACUGCACUACUCCGAUUCUAGGACAAAUUCCGGCACCGACAGGAGUAAUGUACGAAGAAUUGAAUGCCACAGCUGUCCGAGUAUCUUGGAAUCCAAUUCAUCCAAAUCCACGUUGGAGUACACCUGUGGGUUACGUGAUACAGGUUCAGUCAUCAUCAACUUCUAUGGCACCCGUAAAAGAUAUCCUUGUUGAUGGAAUUAGUGCAACAAGCCACGUUAUAACACUGCAACCCAAUAUGUUGUAUACAUUUCAAGUGGCCGCGCGUUCAAAUGCCGGUGAUUUGGGACAGCGUUCGUCUCCAUAUCUGUUUGCACCAUCACAGAUCAGUAAACCUGGUAGAAUAGAUGUUAGAAGGCCGAAGAUGUUCCCGAAAUCAAGUCGGGAAGGAAUUUUAAUCGGGAUCGUUUUGGUAGUGGGUUUAUUGACAUUAUGUUUCGGUGGUAUCUGCGCCCAUCUAAGGUUAAAACGACGCAAGCUUGAAAUGGGCAUUAAUGCCAAUGCAGCUAAUAGAGGAACAAAUGGAUCACGUAAUAUUACAAAUUAUGAAAUGGAAUCAUUAAUUACACGACGACGAAGCGAAUUGAUUGAUGCCCCUGGGAGGAAUAUCCCUCGUGAUUCACUAAUGCAUAAUCAGUUGAAUCCGCAAAAUAGCAUAUCAAAUGAAGUAGAAGUGAUAUGUUUAGAUACAAAAGGCGGUGAACAAGGUGCCUUGCCAAGUGGUCAAGAUAAAUAUCUGAGAUUGUUGAACGAUAAGAAGCAACUGCAACGUUUCAAAGAGUGCUUCUUAUUUAAUGGUUUAUCAGAGGAAUCGUCCGUUAAGAGCCACAUAUCUUGCAGAAAGAAGACGAAGAAUGUAAAUCGACGAAAUGAGCCGUUUACGAUAAUGGCGAAAAGAUCGAAUUACAAGUUAUUGGAUUCGAAAUGGAUACGAGCAGCUUGUGAUACCUCAGAUCCAUGGACCGGAAGUUUACCAUCCAAGAAACGAGUAGUGAGACUUGGUUCUACAUCAACAAGGACAGUAAAAACAUGUUAUCUAAUGACAGGUCGUAUGUCAAUUAGCAAUUUUGAUAUUAUGAUGCCACGUUUUUUGUCGAAAUUGACUGCUUUGUCCGACAAUACACGGCGGAAUGCAGCCAGUCAUGUGGAGUCGUUAAAUCAAGCAAUUUCAUACACCAGUAUUAUUUGCCCACGAUCAGCUUCGGUACAAUCACUUUAUCAGCGAAAUGGUUUUAUCAAACAAAAAAAUGAUAGUGUUAAAACAAGUGUUGCUAUUACGACUAAUAAUUAUAUGAAUUAUCCGUGCAACACUCCUUCCAGUCAGUCGUUAACUUGGUACGACGCUGGGUCAAUUGAAAAUGAUGGCAUUAUGCGGCUACCUCGUGAUACACCUAAGCUACACGGUAAUAGCAACAAGGGGGCAACGAUGUUGUGUUGUUCGAUGCCGAAUCUUACUGAUUCGGGAAUUGUAUAUGAUGAGAUGCAUUUUCCUCGUCCACCUCCUCUUUCACCACCUCCAUUGGACAAUAAGCAUUUGGAAAAAUAAC